AUGGAUGACUCGCCUGCCGAGAGCAUCGACAACUCCAAGGAGAAGAAGAAGAGCAGAAGACCAGCCAACACUGCCUUUCGCCAGCAACGCUUGAAAGCAUGGCAGCCUAUUCUUACCCCCAAGACUGUUAUCCCGCUCUUCUUCGUCAUAGGAAUCAUAUGUGCACCUAUUGGUGGACUGUUGAUCUAUGCUAGUUCUACUGUCAAGGAAUUGCGCAUCGAUUACACCAACUGCUUCCGCGAUUCACCUACCGACAAGCCUACUUUGAUGGACCCGAGCCUCGUCCACCCGGCUUUCAAGACGAAUAACACCAUCAAUGCCAUGUGGCAGCACAACACAACAGAUUUUGCCUACGGAGCCGUUACCGUCCAGAAUCUCACAAAAUGUACUCUCACCUUUGAUAUACCUGAGGAGAUGUCCCCACCGGUUUUUCUCUACUACCGCCUAGAGAACUUCUACCAGAACCACCGUCGCUAUGUUGCCUCGUUCUACGACAAGCAGUUGUUGGGUAACGAUGUUUCGCUCUCUGAUGUUUACAGCUCCAGUUGUCAACCCCUGGCCACUUCAAACGAAACGUACAGCAACAGCAAAGCCUAUUAUCCCUGUGGCCUAAUUGCAAACUCAUUGUUCAACGACACUCUUAUGAGUCCUAUACUUUUGAAUGUACCAACAACAACAACCGGGGACAACACGACUAGUCAGAUUUACGAAAUGAAGAAUACCUCGAUCGCUUGGGAGUCAGACAAGGCCCUGUACGGAAAUAGAACAAGCACCAACUACGAUAAUAUUCUUCCGCCCCCGAAUUGGCAGAUUAGAUACCCUGGUGGUGUCUAUUCCGACUCGGCGCCCCCGCCAAACAUACACGAAGAUGAGCACUUCAUUGUUUGGAUGCGGACGGCAGGGCUACCAACCUUCAGCAAGCUGUACGGUCGAAACGACACGAGCCCUAUGUUAAUCGGCACAUACUCUAUGGACAUCAUCGACAACUUCAGAACAGACGUGUACCAGGGCCAGAAGAGCAUUGUCAUAACAACCCUUUCCGUCAUGGGAGGGAAGAACAACUUCCUAGGAAUUCUCUGGCUCGUCGUCGGCGGAUUCUGCAUUGCACUUGCGCUUCUUUUCCUUAUCACCAACUUCAUCAAGCCUCGAAAGCUCGGUGACCACACCUAUCUCUCCUGGAACAAUACUCCGGCCUCCGCCGCCGCAAAGGGCAAAGGCAAAGCAGCCCCGUCGAUCGGCAUGGCCAGCGGUCGCGAUUUGUCGUAG